CCAAGAAGAUGAAGGUGAAGUUGGCCCAUUUGGGUUUGGUCUUCUUCCUCCUCCUGUCUCUAGUGAUGACAGGCUGUUUCCUUUGGCAAUAUCAGCUGCCAAAACUUAAGCCAGAUGAAGAGAUGGGUCGUAAUGCCAAUUCAGAGAUGAUGUGUCCCCGCUUUCCUGAGCCUCUCCCUUUGGAGCAUCCUAUCCCCAGUCUCAAAGAAGCCCUGGAAAAGGUGGAUGUUUUGUUUCGCCAAAGCAUCAAUCCCAUCAGCCUUCCUGCUCUUUCUGCCAUUGUGAUCUUAAACGAUACAGUUUUGUGGACUGGCAACUUUGGAAAGAGGAAUGUCAGUGAUCCUCUGUCAGGCCCACCCAGUGAAUACACAAUCUACAGAAUUGCCAGCUUAUCAAAGAUAUUCCCAACGCUGAUGCUCUACAAACUGUGGGAGGAUGGAAAGAUUGCCUCCUUAGAUGAUCCACUGGAAAAAUACGUAGAAAAUUUCACUAUAAAAAACCCCCUGGGGAAAACACGAGACUCUGAGUUAAAAUAUGUGACAGAUGGCCUAAUAUUUCUAGACAGUGGAGAGGUACAAAUUCGCUCAUCCUCUGUCACCCUGCGCAGGAUGGCAAGCCAGCUCUCAGGUCUGCCCAGGAGGCUGAGGGCUACAAACUUACUCUGGAAAGGCAAAACGCAAUCAGCAAUCAAUCUGUUACAAGAUGAUGUUCUUGUUGCAGAUCCAGGAACCAAGUGUCACUACAGUAAUCUCGCAUUCUCUCUUCUCGCUCAUGUGAUGUCUGAAAGAGUGGUCGGAGUUGACUACCAACGAUGGGUCACAGAAAACAUCUUGGAUCGAUUAGGAAUGGAAGACACCAGUUUUGAACUGACCCCGGGGUUACAGAGCCAGUUUGCUGUAGGAGUUUACUCAAACGGAAAACCUGCUCCUCUCUAUGAUCUCGGCUGGUACCGGCCUUCAGGUCAGAUGUUCUCCACCCCUGCAGACAUGGCCAAACUCGCCAUGGUGCUGCUGGGGGCCUACCACCGAAAGCUGCUGGAGCCAGAUUCUCUGAAGAUCAUGUUGAACCCACUCUUUAGGUGUGAUAAGGAUUACUUUGCAAACCGUACUGGGACCCCUUGGGAGGUGAAUGACCUCAUGGGCUACGAGAUGUUGAGGAAAGAUGGUGAUCUGGACGGCUACUCUGCCACAUUCUCCCUGGUUCCCAGGCUGAAGCUAGGCCUGGUAAUCCUAAUGGCGGGCAGCAGGCCUCAGAAGCAGGAUGUGGUCACAAAGGCCUACAGCUACAUUGUUCCAGCAAUAGAGAAAGCCUUUAGGGAAGCCAAAAAGAUUCUUGUUGCUUCCCCAAAUCCAAAGCCUUACAUUGGGUUUUUCACAUACAGCAACAUCACUUUCUAUGAGAUCAAAGUGGGACCGGAUGGAGUUCUGAUCAUGCAGCAGUUUGGUCCUCAGAUCGAAGAGCUGAUUCCAGAGAAGUACAGGACAAUAAAGCUCAACUACUUAGUUGAGCGGGUUUUCAGAGUUGUGUUUGAUAAAGAGUACCCUUGUGUUUUGAGAGUGGGCAAGGCUUCAGUCUCAUUGGAAGCCCAAGAUGGCCAACUUUUUAACUUCUAUGUCUUUAAUAAGCAAGGUUUGUCCCCUGGCUUUGAUGCACCAGGGCUAAACACAUACAAUGUGGUGCGAAUAGCCCGCAGGCCAACCUUCACCAGCUGAGGAGCAGCAAGUGUUUUUGUGCGCUCUAGAUGACGUGAAGAAAGGUAUGCAACAGUGAAAGACUCACCUGAAAUCAGAGGGGACGCCAGUAGUAUCAUUUUGAAAAGAACUCUUGAAUGAAAACAGAUAAGAAAGACAGGUACUUGGCACAUUUUUUUUGGGUGAUGUACAUGAAUGUCAUCCUCACACAGGCCCUUUAUCACACCUCUGAGCUAAAUAGUCACUCUGCGGCAAUUCAGUGCGUUUGCUCAUCCUGCCUUCUUCUGUUAAGGUUUCUCUAGAGAAAACAGCAGAACAACACUUUCUGUGGUCAGUCAUAUAACAAUUUAUGUUCACUUCUUCAACCAGGAUUAUUGGUAAAUAAGAUAUUUGGCACAUCCAUUUUCAAACUGUCUUGUUGGAACUGGUAAACAUUUCCAAAGUUUUAAAACAACUUAUUUACAGCUAGAAACAAUGCAGUCUGAUUUAACAUACAGUACGUACAGAAAGUGCAUAGGUGUGCAAAGGCUGCAGCUUCCUGUUAUGUUGCAAUACAUAGCAACUUAAUUCAAUAAUUUUACACAAGCAAUAUAAAAUAACACUGCUUUCAUAUAGAUAGAAGAGAAUAAACUGACAUUCAGUUAAAAUUGGAUGUUAAUCCAAGGCUGGAGUUGACACUGCAGCACAGCA